AACAGCUGAUUAUACGGCAGAUAAAGUUCAAUCACAAUAUUAAUUAAUAAUUGUUGUUUUAAAGAGUUAGUUAAAUAUGCAACACACUUUAAGGCGAUGUCUGACAAUGGCGAAGACUGGUAGAGGGAGCUUGCGGCAACUGGCAACGCUGCCGCAUGCACCCGAACAAAACAAAAAUCAAACAAGUCGCAAUCAGUUGCCCAGGUUGAUGGACUUUCCGGAGAUAAUAUGGCCAUCGGCACUGAAUACAAUCAAAAAUUGGAUAACCGUACAGUUCAUCAUACGUCCAUAUUUUGAUAGUGAAUUUCAAAUCAAGGACUUUGUAUACGGCGCAAAACAGGCGCUGCAGGUCGUGUCUAGCAAGUUGGUGGGCGGAGAUCUGAGCCAGCUAAAAGAUCUAGUGACACCCGAGGCCAUAGCCGAACUGAAGCCCGUCGUGCAGAAACUGUCCAUGACGCAGCGCAAACAACUGGAGAUCCACGAGAGCGACAUCUAUUUGUCGUUUCCCUAUCAAAUCGGCAUCAUGUUCGAUGAUGCGAACGAUAAGCUGCAAAAGCGUUGGGUCGAGAUCACAAUGGUGUUCCAUGUGAUGCGUGGCCUGACCGAAAUGCGUGAACGAGGCGAGGAGAUACCCUGGAAUAUGGGCACAAUGCCGGAAUAUCAGGAUCGAGUCUUCAUUUGUAAUUAUCGCUUUAAAAAAGAGUUUACAGCCGGACAGCAAUCAGACUGGACGAUCAAUGUGGCCAAUCAUUUCAGGGCCAUUGAUCUAAUUAAUGAAUCUAAAUAGCAGUUGGCUUCCUAACUCAGACUCUUAGAAAUCGUGGAAA